UGUAUGACUUCCAGGCCAAUCCAAGCCAGAAUGUAGAUUUUAAAACUAAACUGGAAUCGCAAAUAAAAUUGAAUUUCUCCCCCACUUUUUCAAAUUUCAAGGCUCUCUGGGCAUUAAUGAUAACUUGGGAUCAAGUUUUACCGUAUCCUGCAUAUUUUUUCAGUUCUUCACAGGCAAGCACCUAUCAAGCUGUACUUGUCACAGAUGGCAUCUACUCGUUCUGCUUGAUGUAUUUUGCAGAUGGUGGAAUGAAUUGGAAUUAUUUAUCAAUUCCUUCAAAUUACUUACCUAAGAUGGGUUACUUUAGUGGAGAAUCUUCAUAUUACAGUCCAGCUGCCAAUUUCCCAGCAUACAAUGACCCACAAACAAGUUAUGACGCUAGUAUCCAGAAAAGGUACACUCCAGAUCAGUACAUAGGACGAAACACAAAUAAAAAAGGCUACUGGGCAUAUCGGCUGGAAUAUAACUCAGGAUACACAACAAAUUACAGAAUGCAAUGUUUGAACUGGUACUAUAAUGAAAUUUACUCAAACGUAUUCCCUUACUGGAUGUAUUAUUCACGCCCAUGCCCAUGUACAUACUGGCAGGCUGUAUUUGAUUCUUCCUACAGAGAAGCAAAUAUUCUACCAUACUAUGGCAUUCCUCAGAAAUACACAGAUUGGUAUAGUCAGUCCUACACUUUUCAGACUGCGUUUUCAACUUGGUUUGGAGGAGGAACCAGGUGCUACUACAGUUACUGGGGUAGUUUGACCUAUGGAGAGAAAGAGAGAUAUUUACCAACUCCCUGGGAGUAUGAAAAUAGCUGGCUUCGGUGGAAUGACCCAUACUAUUACUACAAUUGGUAUUAUAGCUAUUACCUGUCUCAGAUGCAAACGAUCAGACAGCAAUACCAAGAACAUGAAGUGGAUCCUUAUAACAACUGUUGUUUAUACUCUGGUUCUUCACACCUCUGUUCCUUAUACCGUCAAAGAAGACCUUAUGAUUUCUGUGUUGGAUAUGUUCCACCAAGUUUUGGAUCAAUAUUUGGAGACCCUCACAUCAACACACUGGAUGAUGUACAGUAUACUUUCAAUGGACUGGGAGAGUUUACCUUGGCCAAUGUUAGAGAUGAGAACAACACACUUAUCUUCACACUCCAAGGACGCACAGCUAUGGCUGGCAACGACACACAAGCAACUAACUUUGUUGGACUGGCUGCAAUGAUUCCAAAUCAAACAACAGUGGAGUGGUUACUGCAGGACAGAAAUACAACCGUUGUGAAGAUUAACGGUACUGCAUUUACUUUACCAGAUAAUUCUACACAGUUGGAUAAAUUGACCCUGGAGACGACAGAAAAAAAUGAAAUAAUGGCUACCUUUGAUGGUGGGAUCUCAGUCACUGUGUCUGCUAAGGUGGGAGCUUUGAGCUUUACCACAAUGCUGGACGUUAUUUACAAGAACAAGACAGAAGGCCUUUUGGGUGUGUUCAAUGAUGAUAAAACUGAUGAUCUCAUGGCUUCCAAUGGAACAAAACUGGAAUUUGAUGGAGUAAAGCUCCCAAAUGAAUCCAUUAUUUUUGAAAUUGGAAUGACAUGGAAAACAACUCCCUUAAACAGUAUUUUUUAUUACAAUGAGACAGAAGGAGAAUCCUGGUACACCUACAAUAAUAACAGCUUUGUGCCAUUGUUUUAUGAUAAGUUGCUACUAACUAGUGACCCCGCAUUUAUCAUCCGAGCAAAUGAAACAUGCAAAGGAAACGAUGAAUGUAUUUUUGACAUUCUGAGUACUAAAAGUUUUGAAGUGGGAGAGAGUACGUUGGACAGUGUGAUUGCUGCCGAGGAACAAAGCAACACAAUGAACAGUUUUCCACCGAAUGUGACUGGACCAACCACCCUCCAGACCAAACUCUUUGAAUCUGUGACCGUGUUCUAUACAGCCACAGAUAACAACAAUGAGACAGUGGUCUUUUCCCUGCAGACAGACUCCUCUGAUAUCAAUAUAACAGAGAAUGGAAUGCUGGUAUGGCUUCCCACCAGUUCAUUUCCCGUUAAUGUCUCUGUAAUAGCCAAUAAUUCCAAAACCGCUACUUCAGUUGUCCUGACGUUGGUUCUCUGCAACUGUACCAACAAUGGCAGUUGUCUGUAUGACAGCCAAUUAAGCUUGGGGAAUGAAACCACAACCUUCCUGGUUGCAGGGUGUAACUGUUCUGCUGCAUGGACAGGGAUGUACUGUGAAGAGAAUUUCGAUGCUUGUAAACAGAACCAAUGUUUUGAUAACAGCACUUGUGAAGACAAAAAAGCUCCAGAUACAGGAUUUGAGUGUGGAACAUGUCCUCCUGGUUUAACAGGAGAUGGAGAAACCUGUACAGCUAUUAAUGAAUGUUAUCUAAAUAUUUCAACUUGUCAGCAAAUCUGUAACAAUAAUGUAGAUGGAUACAACUGUAGUUGUGAUGAAGGUUAUGAGGUGAACUCACUGAACAGCUCCUUGUGUGAUGACAUUGAUGAAUGUGCCAACUUCACAUCUCCAUGUGGUAUAAAUGCCAACUGUACAAAUUCCAUUGGAAACUACUCCUGUAAAUGUUUGCCUGGUUAUGAAGGUGAUGCAACUUGGCUGUGUGUAGAUAUCAACGAGUGUGCCAUGAAUAAGUCUAAGUGUCCCGAACAAUCUCUAUGUAUUAACACUAAUGGAUCCUAUCAAUGUGACUGUCUGCCAGGAUUUGAUGGAGCCAAUUGCUCUGAUAUAAAUGAAUGUUCGGCAAAUUCCACCAUCUGCCCCCUAAAUUCAAACUGUAAUAAUACUAUUGGCUCUUUCGUCUGUACGUGUAAUGUCGGUUUUGGUGGAGAAAACUGUACAGAUAUUGAUGAAUGCACUCUUGGAACAAACAACUGCAAUUGGGCAGACUGUGUGAACACUGUAGGAUCCUAUAACUGCAUCUGUAGGACAGGAUAUACCGAUGAUGGGGUAGAAUGCAUAGAUAUUAAUGAGUGCCAAACAAAUGCUUCUAUUUGUGGAGCACAUGCCUCCUGUAACAAUACCAUUGGCAGCUAUGAUUGCCACUGCGAUGAUGGAUUUAGCUUGGUGAAUGGAACUUGUAAAGAUGUUGAUGAAUGCUCCUCACCAGAAUAUUGUAAAGGUGCAGGAAGAAGUUGUAUAAACACAGAAGGCAGCUAUAAUUGCAGUUGUCAGCAAGGUUACCAAUCAGUCAAUGAAAGCUGCGCAGAUAUUGAUGAAUGUAUUUCUUCUGAGUUUAACAACUGUUCUGAGCAUGCCAUCUGCACCAAUGUGGCUGGAUCUUUCUUGUGUGAAUGUAUGGCAAACUACACAGGGAAUGGUGUUAUCUGCACAGCCAUAAAUAUGACAACUGAAGCUCCAACUACUCCUCAAGCUAACAAUACAACAGCGGGAUAUACAGGCACACCCUCUGGAAAUGAGUCCUCUGUCACCACCCUAGUUCCUGUCACUAAUGCCAGCAGUGUCACAACUGGUGUAAAUGAAACUAUUCAGAGCCCGGGCCCAACACCGCCUGUAAAUCAGACCACAACAACGACUCCAGUGCCUGAGACAAACACAACUCUUGUCACCCCCGUAAAUGUAACAGUUCAGGGAACAAGUGCAACAAGACCUACAAACCAGACUGUCAUCACCACUGAAGCUCCAGUCACACAUAUAAGCACCCCUGAUGUCAAUUCAACUGUUCAGAGCCAAAGUACAACAAUGCUACCAACAAACCAGACCACAGUUUCCACCCCAGUACCUGAAGUAAAUACCACUUUAGUCACAUCUACGGUAAAUGUAACAAGUCCAAUAAUUCCUUUAACUGUACAGACCCAAAGCACCACGAUACAGCCAACAACACAGACCAAAGUUACCACAUCAGUACCUGGAACAAAUACAACUUCAGUUACAUCUGGUGUAACUGUAACAGUCCAUGACACAACAGUACCUACAAACCAGACUACAACCACCACUGCAGCUGUUCAAAGUCCAAGUUCAACCACACAUACAAGCCAGACCACAGACACAUCAGUUACACCACUGUCUACUAACAGCACAUCUGUGAGCUCUACAACUGGAUCAACAACAACAACAGCUAAAGCUAUUACCACUACAUCAACUCAAACAACAUCAUCUACAACUACAACUACAGCAAGAACAGCAGCCACAACUACUGUGCCUACAACAAGUGAAAGUGCACCUGCAGCUGUAGACCUUUUUGAUUAUGGAUUAAGUGUUGGUGAUUUUGCCUAUGUAUCAAGAAGGACAGAUUUUACCUCUCCCUUGUUCCAGCCAUUGAUAGGAUUCCCCUUUGGAAACCAAAUAAGGAAUUUCAUUUAUUACACAGACAAUGGGCAAAUCAUCUUUCCAUCAUCCAGAAAUAAUAUAUUCUCUUACCCAAAUCCUCCAGUCAAUGGAUUCAGUACAGGUUGCACCCCUGCAUCAAUAGCUGUGUUUUGGAAUGAUGCAGAUUUUUCCAAAAAUGUGGGAACUACCUAUUACCAAGAAUAUAAUUCAAGAAAUAUUGCUGUAGUUGAAAGAGUUGAAGGCUUUAUUAAGAAUUAUACAAAAACAUCAUACGCUGCUCAGUGGACAUUGAAGAUUACCUGGGAGAAUGCUCCUGCUUAUCCAGCAACUCAAAAUGAUGUCAAGACUAGCACAUACCAGGCUGUGCUGACCACGGAUGGAUUUGUCUCCUAUGUGCUGAUGUUAUAUAAAGAUGGUGGCAUGAACUGGGAUCUAACUACACGCUACCUAAAACCAUUGAUGGGCUAUUGUAGUGGCAACGGGGAAUCAUUUUUCAAUAAUACCAUUAUAAAUAGCAAUUCAGAUUUGCAAGGUCUCAAAUUAUAUUUGCUGAACAGUACACUUCUGGAUAACAGUCGUAUGAAUUGUCUAAACUGGUACAAUGCUCAGCCGUCACCAUCAUCGUGGAAUUCAGGCUUGCUCUCUUGUCCUUGCUUAUACAGUCAAGGGAUCUCUGAUUUCCGGUUCAGAACAACACGAGCAGGUGGGAGCAGCACAAUCAGCUUGCUCCGCAGCACAUCUCCCAAUCGAUUUAAUGCUGGUAUAAGGUGCGUGUACUACCGAAAAAAUCAGUUCCUAGAAGGGUUUCAAGAAAAGGCUUGGAUCUCUGCAUCUUCUAUGUCUUCUAUGUCUGACCCUGAACUGGAUGCUUUUGACACAUGCUGCAAUGGAGUGGAUGAUCCCCAGUUUUGCUCUAUGUACAUGCAGAAGAGAUUCCCAAUCAACUGCCGUAAUUACAGACCUUUAGUCCCUGGAUGGAUGUUUGGAGAUCCUCAUAUCACAACCCUAGAUGGUCUUAGCUACACUUUCAAUGGACUUGGAGAUUUCACACUUCUUGAUGCAUCAGCUGAAAAUAUCACCUUCAUUCUACAAGGACGUACAGUGCGGACUGGCACUGCACAGGCUACCAACUUCGCAGCAUUUGCUGUAAACUACACCUCCAGUAGUGACAGUGUUACAGUAGAGUGGUAUCUUGAAAGUAAUGGCAGUAUAUCUACCCUUAUAAAUGGUCAACAUGUGUCCUUCACUUACUCAGAAGACAUGGAUGCUGAGAUUAAUGGCAACACCCCAAACGUCUUUUUACUUAAAAAUGACUCCAUCACUGCAACCUUUGAAGGGAUUUUGUCUGUGUCAGUGUCUGAGUAUUCUGGGAUGUUUAGUGCUGUCUCCAGUCUUCCAGACCAGUUUCUUGGGAAAACGAAAGGAUUGCUAGGUACCUGGAAUAAUGACCAGAGUGAUGAUUUCAUGAGACCAAAUGGCACAACCAUCCCCUCAGACAGUUCGGAACAAGAUAUAUAUCACUAUGGAUUGCUAUGGGAGGCGAAAUUGAAUAACUUGUUUACAUAUGUUAAAAUAUUUGAAAGAAGCGUAUUCAUUCCAAUUUUCUACAAAGAUUUGAUAGCUCAAAAUUCAACACAGUAUAAAGAGCUGCAAACUUUAUGCGGCAACAACACAGAAUGUAUCUUUGAUGCUAUGAGCACCAACCAAAAAGAACUGGGCUUAGCAACAUUACGUGUAUCUGACACCCUACAGGCAAUUAAUGAAACUUUGAAUGCUGAACCUCCUCAAAUCAUUGGCGAUACAACCAUUCUCACCUUCAUGAACACCGAUAUUACUGUAACUUAUACUUCCAAUGUGACGGGUGUGACUUUUUCAGCUGACCCUAACACAAACGUGGACAUUUUUUUGUUAUCAACUGGAUCUCUAACAUGGAAACCGACAAGUACAGCAGGAUUUACAUUCAACCUUGUAGCUACUGACUCCAAAAACCUGUCAUCUGCCCUCCAACUCAACUUUGUGGUCUGUAACUGUAAUCUUUCAGCUCAGUGUAAUUACACCUUGGCAACGAAAAUCAACAAUAGCUCUCUUGCUAUUGCUGGGUGUAUUUGCACAAACAACUAUACAGGAGAAUUCUGCCAGAACCCACCCAAUCCGUGUAUUCAAGGCUGCUACCCUAAUGUGACAUGUGAUAAUACAACUGGCUGUGGACCAUGUCCAUCUGGCUUCUCUGGGGAUGGGAUCCAUUGUACAGAUAUUGAUGAAUGUUCUGCUGGUACCAAUGCAUGUGAUCAAAACGCUAAUUGUUCCAAUAUCAUUGGAAAUUAUACCUGCACAUGCAGAGAAGGAUUUAAUGGCAAUGGAUUCACAUGCACUGAUAUUGAUGAGUGCCAGGUUAUCAAUUCCUGUUCACCAAACGCCAACUGUACUAACACACCUGGCAGUUACAGCUGCUCCUGCAAAGAUGGAUUCACAGGCAAUGGAUUCACAUGCACUGAUAUUGAUGAGUGCCAGGUUAUCAAUUCCUGUUCAGCAAACGCCAACUGUACUAACACACCUGGCAGUUACAGCUGCUCCUGCAAAGAUGGAUUCACAGGCAAUGGAUUCACAUGCACUGAUAUUGAUGAGUGCCAGGUUAUCAAUUCCUGUUCACCAAACGCCAACUGUACUAACACACCUGGCAGUUACAGCUGCUCCUGCAAAGAUGGAUUCACAGGCGAUGGAUUGAUAUGCAAUGAUAUUGAUGAGUGCCAGGGCAACAAUUCCUGUUCAGCAAAUGCCACCUGUACUAACACACCUGGCAGUUACAGCUGCUCCUGCAAAGAUGGAUUGACAGGCAAUGGAGUCACAUGCACUGAUAUUGAUGAGUGCCAGGGCAUCAAUCCCUGUUCACAAAACGCCAACUGUACUAACACACCUGGCAGUUACAGCUGCUCCUGCAAAGAUGGAUUCACAGGCGAUGGAGUCACAUGCACUGAUAUUGAUGAGUGCCAGGGCAGCAAUUCCUGUUCAGCAAACGCCAACUGUACUAACACACCUGGCAGUUACAGCUGCUCCUGCAAAGAUGGAUUCACAGGGAAUGGCACUGUGUGUAUUUGUAGUGCAUGUGACUCCAAUUAUUGCAGCAAUGGUGGAACAUGUACAAGAAUCCCGCCAUCCUGCAAUCCUGUAUGUCAGUGCCUUGAUGCAUACACCGGUGAAAAAUGCACAGUAACAAGGGACAGAUACCCGGCACAACUGAAUCCAGGUACACGAAAAAGGUCUGUGUAUGUAACCUUUACACAUAAUGAGAACUUUUUAGAAGAACAAGGUUAUAAUAAGAUUAGGACAGUUCUUACAAAUGCUCCAAUAGAUGUAGAUUCUGUAUUUGAUGAUAAAAGCAAUACCAUGGAGAUCCCUAUGAAUAUUAGUAAUAUUACUUGGACUGCAAAUUUCACAGCACGGUUUACAUAUAUAGCAAAUAUCACAGUAAUUGAUUUCUUAAAUGUUGAAUUGGAGGAUUAUAUUAAGAAAAAUAAUCAAACAAGUAAACGUUCAACAGCGCUUACAAUAGCUGAUGUCAUAAGCGGUGACAAUUUGACUGUAAGUGAGCUGGCACAGAAUUUCACAUGUGUGUCUGGCUUUGUAUUGGAUCCUACCACUUUACAAUGUUAUUCUAAGUGUAAUUCAUACUGUAUGAAUGAUGGAACUUGCAAUCUGAUUGAAGGCAACGCUACCUGCACUUGUAACCCGUUCACUAUUUAUGUCACUUCUGGUGAACGAUGUGAAAACCUCUCAAUGAACCUUAAUGCAUUCUUUGGAAUAUUAUUUGGAGCUUUGGCAUUCCUCUUCCUGUUGAUCUUGGGCAUAGUGUUGGGAAUAUACAUCUAUAGAAAGAGGAAAAGCAAUAAUGGUCAUGACGAUACAGACCAGUUGUUCCAAACACGAUUUAGCUGGAAAUCAUCACUCUUUCCAUCCUUUCAAAGAUUUGGCGAUAAGGACACCGCAUCUUUAAACACAGAUACGUCAUCUGAUUUUAUUGACUGGAAACCACACUUAGACAAAGUAAACAGUAAGGCAGAGGUCAAGAUUAAGCGACCUGAAAUUAAACCUAAUUUAAGCUUGUAUGAAUAGACAGCUUUGGGAAAUUCAAGGUGAUGUUUUAACCAGUUUCCUAAAACUGGUAUGUCCAGAGAAGUGUAAUAAAAUAUUUAUGUAAUUGAAUCGCUAUAUAAUUACAGGCUGAAUGUUUUCUGUAUUAAAUAAAUGUAAAAUGAUUUAAUAAAUGAUAACUCAGCCCUAAAAGAACAAUAUGCUGCCUGAUCUUAUCUAUAAUCUGUCACAAGACUGUACCAUAAUGAAGGGUAGUUUUAUGGGAAUAAACUGAUAUUAUGUGCAAUUGUGAAUGGUUUGUACACAAUGACCUGACAAUAUAGUUCAGUAAUAGAAAAAUAACUAUUUAGAUUUUAAACUUGAAUAUAUCUGAAUAUUAGUUUUUUUUCGCAAUACUUUAAUGCACUGUCCCUGUCUUUGCAUACUGUUAAAAGACUGAAGAGUAUAUUUUUGUAUCAGCCUUGUAUAGCCUUUGAUUUUGAAGUUGUAUUUUUAUUCUCCAAUCUGUAUUUAUGUAUCAAACUAUGUAAUAAAGCAUAUGUUAUGCAAUGCA